UAUACACACACAUGUCUCUGCACACACUCACACACACACACGGACACCAAAAAGAAGUGAAUUGGAGAGAGAGAGAAGGGAAAAAUCAAUCAAUCAAUCAUCAUGGGAGAAGAGUCCACAGAAGUGGUGGAAAUGAAGGAGGAUCAGAGCUUGAACAAUAGUGUUGCCCCACCUGCACCGCCAUCACCACCGCCACCGCACUUUGUGCUGGUUCAUGGGAUUGGCGGCGGCGCGUGGUGCUGGUACAAAAUCAGGUGCCUGAUGGAGAGUUCAGGGUACAGAGUGUCGUGCCUGGACCUCAAGGGCGCCGGCAUGGACCCCACAGAUCCCAACACCGUUCUCUCCUUCAACGACUACAACAAGCCCCUCCUUGACUUCCUCUCUUCUUUACAUGACGACCACCAGUUGGUUUUAGCCGCAGGUUUUCCGUUCUGCACACAGACACACCUCUGGGUGAUAUUGGUAGGGCACAGUGCAGGAGGUCUGAGUUUGAGUGAUGCAAUUCACAAGUUUGGUAAGAAGAAGAUUAAACUGGCUGUGUUUAUUGCAGCCACAAUGUUGAGGUCAGGGUUUGUCACUGAUCAAGACAUCAAAGAUGGAGUUCCAGACUUAUCAGAGUUCGGAGAACUCAAGGAGGUGUACGACGUUGGAUUUGGAUUAGGAGAAGAUCACCCUCCGACAACUAUGAUGAUCAACAAGGAACUACAACGGAAGAUCAUUUACCAAUUGUCCCCUCAAGAGGAUUCAACUUUAGCAGCAAUGCUGCUAAGGCCGGGGCCAAGCCAUGCCCUAACAACAGCUCGACUUGUAGAAUCUGAUUAUGCGGACAAUGUGCCCAGGAUAUACAUCAAAACGAUGCAGGACAACGUUGUCAAACCCGAGCAACAAGAAGCAAUGAUCAAGAAGUGGCCACCGUCCGAUGUUUAUGUCUUGGAGAGUGAUCAUAGCCCUUUCUUCUCUGCCCCAUUUUUGCUGUUUGGCUUGCUGGUCAAGGCUGCAGUUGCCUACGGAUGUUAGAAAUUAGUGUUGUAAAAUGGGGAAAAAUUGGUAUAGGGGAGAUUCCAACUUGUUAACAAGGGAAAAUAAUGGGUUCUAAGUUUUUUUCUUAAAUAAAAUAUUUAUUUAAGUGUUAUUAUCUGUAAUUAAAUCGAUGAAUGUGAAAGAUUUAUGUUUUGUGUUAUGUUUA